GCUUCUUGAGGAAGCCACACGCACUUCUCUUCCCAGCAGGCGGACAAGCCCAUCGAUCGAGCAGCUACGUAGUACGAGCGGAGAUCGACAUGGCGGCAACAAGGGCUAGUUGUGUCGUCGUCGUCCUCCUGCUGAUUAUCGCCGCCUCCAACGUCGGUGGUUUGUCCGUGGACUUCCACGCGGCGUCGUGCCCUCAGCUUGAGGGCAUCGUGCGCGGCGCCGUGCAGGCCGCGCGCGCCCAGGACGUGCAGGUCACCGCCGGCCUCCUCCGCAUCUUCUUCCACGACUGCCUCCCGCAGGGGUGCGACGCCUCCAUCCUGCUCGACGGCGAGAAGGCCAACGGGCCCAACGCCUCCCUGCAGCCCCGGGCGCUGCAGCUCAUCGAGAACAUCCGCGCCAAGGUGCACGCCGCAUGCGGACCCACCGUCUCCUGCGCCGACAUCAUCGCGCUCGCAACCCGCGACGCCGUCAGCCUGGCCGGAGGCCCGUCCUUCGCCAUGCCCCAGGGCCGCACCGACAGCUUCAGGCCCGCUUCCGACGACGAGAUAGCCACCCUCCCCUCGCCCUUCGAAGACGUCGGCAAUCUCCUCGGCAACUUCACCAGCAAGGGCCUCGCCGACCCCGCCGACCUCGUCGCGCUCUCCGGCGGACACACCGUCGGCAAGGCCAGCUGCAUCUUCAUCAGAGCGGACGAUGACUUCUCCAUCAGGCUCAACGCCACCUGCUCCGCCGGCCCGACCAAGAAGCAGAGCCUCGACGUCGUCACGCCCGACGCCUUCGACAACGGCUACUUCGUGGCCCUCAGGAACGUUCAUGGCGUGCUCCACUCCGACCAGGGCCUCGCCGGCCACCCGCGCACCGCCGGCAUCGUCAGGGAUUUCGCCGCCAACCAGACCGCCUUCUUCCACCAGUUUGCAAAGUCCAUGGUCAAGCUCGGAAACAUCAAGGGAGCUGCAGGCGAGAUACGCCGCAACAGCUGCUUCAGGACCAACAAAGCCCGCCUCAACGAUGGCCUCGAUAUCCUCAACGCCCUCAUCGACGACGCCAUCGUCGCCCUGUGACGAGGCGAGAUGAUGAGAUCCAUGCAGUCGGAGAGUGUUGUCGUAGAGUACGUAUAGUAGUCAGUCUGCUACGUAGUAACCUGCUGCAUGUUACUAUUUCUACUUGAGUUUGCAUUGGUUUCAGUCAGGGCCACGUGUGUAGCUUAAAUAAACCAUCUGAUCCAUCCAUGGAUCGGCAGUGUAACAAUGUCCGUGCGUUGUUAGCACAUACAGUAGUGAUAUGUACUUUUGUAUCAUGUCAAUAGAAAUUUAUGUUUUAAUUAA